UUCAUUUCAUUGGUAACAGUAAUACCCCAGUCUUAGUUUUGCAGGCGCCGUCCUCCUUUUUUUCCUCUGUCCCCUCAGCCCACUUACCUUUUAUUCUCUUUCUACCAAAACACAAUACUCUCCAUACUAUUUUCUUGAAAAGCUUUUUCAUAAAAACCAUAUAUAUCGAAGCAAAAACACCAAAACUUUACAGUGGAAUAUUCAUCAUAUGAACAUGUUGGAAUCUACACAACUUCCUCAGUGGCUUAUUGCACUUUUGACAGAGAAAUUCUUCAACGCCUGUAUAAUUCAUGAAGAUGCUAAGAAGAAUGAAAAGAAUGUUUUCUGUUUGGACUGUUGUGAGUGUAUUUGCCCUCACUGUUUGACCCCUCAUCGUUCUCACCGCCUUUUACAGAUUAGGAGGUAUGUGUAUCAUGAUGUUAUUAGGCUUUGUGAUGCUGAGAAAUUGUUGGAUUGUGCUUUUGUUCAAUCUUACACUUCAAACAGUGCAAAAGUGGUUUUUUUAAACCACAGGCCAAAAACAAGGCCGUGUAGAGGCUCAAGUAACACCUGCAUCAUAUGUGAAAGAGGACUUCAGGACCCAUAUCUCUUUUGUUCCAUCUCCUGCAAGAUUGAACACAUACUGAAAACUGAGGGAAAACUUUCCAAGUAUAUCUACAAGUGUGAUUUCAUGACCCUGUCUGAACCGGGUUUCGACGAUGGUCAAAUGACUCCUGACACCAUUCUUGAGCCGGUUGAUUCAGGUUCGAGUUGCAGCGGUGGAGCCGUCGGGGAAAUAGGAUGCCGGACUGUCGGAUGUACGGCGACAACAGAGGUUGUAAGGAAGAAACGCAGCACCCUCUCGGCUUUCCGGUCCGCGUUUCAGCCUGUUUGUGGACCGGGUUCGGAGAUGUCGGUUUCUAUGAUGAACCGGAGGAAGGGUACGCCUCAGCGGUCUCCACUUUACUAAUUGUGUUUAAUCGGGAGAGAUAAUGGAAGCUGGGAGGUAGGAUUAAGGACUAUAAUUGGAAAUUUAGUAUAGUUUAAGGGCAAUUUAGGAAGAAAAAUUUUACCUCCCAAUUUUGUAGAAUGGCUUCUUUCUCUCCCUUAUCUGACAUAGGGCUAAUCAUGGAAGCUAUAUUUCUAUCUUACAUAGAGAAACAAAUUAAUACAGGAGUUUAGUAUCGAUUUUCUGAAUCUAGUGUAACAAUUAUACCUAACUUUUGGUUGCAUGUACUUGCUUUAGCUUGUGAUUGAUGCUUAUUUUGUCGGUUUAAUUCGA